CGCGGCAACCAUGGAAACCAAAUAAUGUAUUUUGUCGAUUCUGUUGGCCAACUGUAUUCACGCAGUGUUCUGUGAAAAUGGUUCGCAUAACGGAGCAAUUGGUACGCAAGCGUGCAGAACAUAAUGAGCUACUGAUCAGCACACUGGAGGAGCUUUCGCUGCACCAGGAGGACAUUGAACGUAUCGAACACCUUGGGAACUGGUGCCGGGAGCUAAAGAUACUGCUGCUGCAAUCGAACCUCAUUCCGCGGUUGGAAAAUCUGCAUCGCUUGAAACGACUGGAGUACCUGAACGUCGCCAUUAACAACAUAGAACGGAUCGAGAAUCUGGAAUCGCUUGAAUCGCUACGUAAGCUCGAUCUUACGCUCAACUUUAUCGGAGAGCUGACGAGCGUGGACAGCUUACGGGACAACCAUAAUUUGCGGGAACUUUUCCUCACCGGUAACCCGUGUACGGACUAUCCCGGUUACCGUGAAUACGUCGUGACUGUGCUCCCGCAGCUGGAGCAUCUAGAUGGAAAGGAGGUGACUCGCGGAGAGCGCUUGCGGGCGGCCAAAGUAUUCCGCGGCUUGCGUUCACGGAUCGUGCAGCUCGAGGCGCAGCACCGCAUCGAGCGAGACGAGCAACGUGUUCGCGUUGCUAGGCAGCUAGACGCGCAGGAGAGCAGCGUGGUCGAUUGCGAUGACGACGAGCAGCGUAAGGUGACUGAGUUUUGGGAGCAGAAGAGUGAACAUUGUCCGGAGACGCGCAUCCAAAUGGCCAAGUUUUCUAGACGGGCGGCAGAGAAGGAGCGCCAAAAUGAAGAGCUGAAGCAAACCGAGCAACAAAAACGACGACCGCGCAAACUGUUCGCCGACUGUGGUCGACCGUACAGUUUGAAUGAGCCGCGGUUGGAGUUUGAUUUUCGUGACGAAGCCGAUCGGUUGGAGCUCGAGUUACAUUUGUAUCGGUUUCUGGAUACUUCGCUCGUGAAUGUGGACGCACAGCCCCGGUAUGUUCGGGUCACCGUUAAGGGAAAGAUAUUUCAGAUGGCGCUGCAGCAUGAAAUCCAGCCAGAUCGGGCCUCCUGUCAGCGUUCGAUGACCACUGGCCAUCUGUUGAUUGUGAUGCCGAAACUAAAUCCCGAACAAGUGAUGCCAGUUGGACGGAAAUUGGCCCCGAAGACCGGCACAACCGGAGACAAACUAGCCGGUGCUGUCGAUAUACGUACCAUUUGCGGAUCGGCAGAUAGUCGAGAUGAGAGUAUACCAGAUUUGAUUUGA